GAAAUCUGAGUUGGUUUCAAAUGCUUCUGGUGCCGGUCGUGUUUUAUUUUGCCAUCAUGUUCGUGUGCACAAUCGUUUCGUUGAUCACCGGCAAAUCGUUUGCGCUCAAAUCGCUACUCUUCAGUUUCCAUUCGGAGGGGACAAAAGCUGUGAAAGAUGAGACAUCUUUGCGACCUCAGAUCGUCGAAGUUAAAUUCCCUGAGCUGGAAAACGAAGAAUCAAUGAUGCUUAAACAAAAGAAAUCUGCCAAAAAUAAAGGAAAAGCGAUUAAGGGAAAGGAAAAUGAAGAGAAAUCCGCCAAAAACAAAAGGAAAGCGAUUAAGGGAAACGAAGAUGAAGAGAAGGUUGUCAAAUCGAUUGAAAGGAAAGACGAACGGACUGUUGUUGAACAAGUGAAAAAGCGAUCGAGUACAGAGCAAGGAGCAGGCGAUGGAAUUGUGGAUGAAUUUAUGUAUUAAAUAAACGAUUCGCUGAUGAGCAAAAGGCGAA